UUCAGUUAACUUAAAAUUCGUUUCGUAGUUGGCCAUAUUCUAUGCAACGUCAAAAUCUUAAAAAAAAAAGUCUAAAUCCCUAGUGAGUAUCAUCAACGGUUCGAAGGUUUAAAUUUGUGGAAGCGCUAUGCUGGCCGCACUAUUGGUCCGGUGCAGAACAUCGCAUGCAAUUAUCGGCAAAGCUGGUACGGUAUCUGUUGCCAGACAAAACAGAUACCUUUGCAGCUCAUCAAGACCCAACAAAGCACCGGAACCCCCCUCGGACACCAAAUGGUUUUACAAAGAAGUUUUGGUAUCAUUAAAACAAAAGGUUGAAGAGCUUUUUAGCUCAUGGAAGCACCGGAAGCCUAAAAGUGGCGAUACGGCGAAGCCAUCCGGGACAAAAGAUGAUUGUUGUGCUUGUCCCUCGCCGAAGCGCAGCCAUCCGGCCCUGGAGCAGCUAAAUUCCAUCCGUGAACGAGCCCAGAAAAUUUUCGAACAGUAUGCCGUCACAGAAAAAUUAAGCGCCCUGGUGAAAAAUGGCAAAAAGUGUGUGAAGGAAUUUAGCAUCAAAGAUAUGGAGAAAGCGAUCGACCGGAACUUAUACUCGUUGGAGAUGAAGUUGCGCGGAAAGCGACAAGGUUUGCCGGAAGCGAAGAAAUGUUCACGACAGAAGGUUAAAUCCGACUCAGAGGCGUCAAGCAAAGAGCCGGGCGAUGGGAAUGUAAAAAUUAUAGAAUCUUGCAAGAAAAAACAGGAAAAAAAUAAGGAUAAGAAACCAUAAAAGGUGUUUUAAAAGGAAGUUGAUUAACGAUAUAAAUAAAUACUAACUGAACCACACAUGGUAUUCGAUCUAAUGAUCAAUCCAUUAAUUAAAUUUUCUA